AUGCAGACUAGAAAGUCACUUACAGUUCAGAUACUUCAGCAAGUGACACUAUCAGUGAGUGCUGAGGAAGUUAGUGCUAGUAUCUCUUCAGAUGGUGAAGACACUGUGCGUGAGAUUGUCAGAUCAGAAGAAUCCUCAGAAGACGAGUCCUCAGAACAUUCAUCAGAUGGUGAAGACUCUGUGCGUGAGAUUGUCAGAUCAGAAGAAUCCUCAGAAGACGAGUCUUCAGAACAUUCAUCAGAUGAUGGUGAAGACUCUGUGCGUGAGAUUGUCAGAUCAGAAGAAUCCUCAGAAGACGAGUCUUCAGAACAUUCAUCAGAUGGUGAAGACUCUGUGCAUGAGAUUGUCAGAUCAGAAGAAUCCUCAGAAGACGAGUCCUCAGAACAUUCAUCAGAUGGUGAACACUCUGUGCGUGAGAUUGUCAGAUCAGAAGAAUCCUCAGAAGACGAGUCUUCAGAACAUUCAUCAGAUGGUGAAGACUCUGUGCAUGAGAUUGUCAGAUCAGAAGAAUCCUCAGAAGACGAGUCCUCAGAACAUUCAUCAGAUGGUGAAGACUCUGUGCGUGAGAUUGUCAGAUCAGAAGAAUCCUCAGAAGACGAGUCUUCAGAACAUUCAUCAGAUGGUGAAGACUCUGUGCGUGAGAUUGUCAGAUCAGAAGAAUCCUCAGAAGACGAAUCAGAAGAAUCCUCAGAAGACGUGUCCUCAGAACAUUCAUCAGAUGGUGAAGACACUGUGCGUGAGAUUGUCAGAUCAGAAGAAUCCUCAGAAGACGAGUCUUCAGAACAUUCAUCAGAUGGUGAAGACACUGUACGUGAGAUGGUCAGAUCAGAAGAAUCCUCAGAAGACGUGUCCUCAGAACAUUCAUCAGAUGGUGAAGACACUGUGCGUGAGAUUGUCAGAUCAGAAGAAUCCUCAGAAGACGAGUCUUCAGAACAUUCAUCAGAUGGUGAAGACACUGUGCGUGAGAUGGUCAGAUCAGAAGAAUCCUCAGAAGACGUGUCCUCAGAACAUUCAUCAGAUGGUGAAGACACUGUGCGUGAGAUUGUCAGAUCAGAAGAAUCCUCAGAAGACGAGUCUUCAGAACAUUCAUCAGAUGGUGAAGACACUGUGCAUCAGAUGAAGAUUGUCAGAUCAGAAGAAUCCUCAGAAGACGAGUCCUCAGAACAUUCAUCAGAUGGUGAAGACACUGUGCGUGAGAUUGUCAGAUCAGAAGAAUCCUCAGAAGACGAGUCUUCAGAACAUUCAUCAGAUGGUGAAGACACUGUGCGUGAGAUUGUCAGAUCAGAAGAAUCCUCAGAAGACGAGUCUUCAGAACAUUCAUCAGAUGGUGAAGACACUGUACGUGAGAUGGUCAGAUCAGAAGAAUCCUCAGAAGACGUGUCCUCAGAACAUUCAUCAGAUGGUGAAGACACUGUGCGUGAGAUUGUCAGAUCAGAAGAAUCCUCAGAAGACGAGUCUUCAGAAUAUUCAUCAGAUGGUGAAGACACUGUGCGUGAGAUUGUCAGAUCAGAAGAAUCCUCAGAAGACGAGUCUUCAGAACAUUCAUCAGAUGGUGAAGACACUACUCUGUGCGUGAGAUUGUCAGAUCAGAAGAAUCCUCAAGACGAGUCCUCAGAACAUUCAUCCGAUGGUGGUGAAGACACUGUGCGUGAGAUUGUCAGAUCAGAAGAAUCCUCAGAAGACGAGUCCUCAGAACAUUCAUCAGAUGGUGAAGACUCUGUGCGUGAGAUUGUCAGAUCAGAAGAAUCCUCAGAAGACGAGUCUUCAGAACAUUCAUCAGAUGGUGAAGACACUGUGCGUGAGAUUGUCAGAUCAGAAGAAUCCUCAGAAGACGAGUCCUCAGAACAUUCAUCAGAUGGUGAAGACACUGUGCGUGAGAUUGUCAGAUCAGAAGAAUCCUCAGAAGACGAGUCCUCAGAACAUUCAUCAGAUGGUGAAGACUCUGUGCGUGAGAUUGUCAGAUCAGAAGAAUCCUCAGAAGACGAGUCUUCAGAACAUUCAUCAGAUGGUGAAGACAGUGUGCGUGAGAUUGUCAGAUCAGAAGAAUCCUCAGAAGACGAGUCCUCAGAACAUUCAUCAGAUGGUGAAGACACUGUGCGUGAGAUUGUCAGAUCAGAAGAAUCCUCAGAAGACGAGUCCUCAGAACAUUCAUCAGAUGGUGAAGACUCUGUGCGUGAGAUUGUCAGAUCAGAAGAAUCCUCAGAAGACGAGUCCUCAGAACAUUCAUCAGAUGGUGAAGACUCUGUGCGUGAGAUUGUCAGAUCAGAAGAAUCCUCAGAAGACGAGUCUUCAGAACAUUCAUCAGAUGGUGAAGACACUGUGCGUGAGAUUGUCAGAUCAGAAGAAUCCUCAGAAGACGAGUCCUCAGAACAUUCAUCAGAUGGUGAAGACUCUGUGCGUGAGAUUGUCAGAUCAGAAGAAUCCUCAGAAGACGAGUCCUCAGAACAUUCAUCCGAUGGUGAAGACACUGUGCGUGAGAUUGUCAGAUCAGAAGAAUCCUCAGAAGACGAGUCCUCAGAACAUUCAUCAGAUGGUGAAGACUCUGUGCGUGAGAUUGUCAGAUCAGAAGAAUCCUCAGAAGACGAGUCUUCAGAACAUUCAUCAGAUGGUGAAGACACUGUGCGUGAGAUUGUCAGAUCAGAAGAAUCCUCAGAAGACGAGUCCUCAGAACAUUCAUCAGAUGGUGAAGACACUGUGCGUGAGAUUGUCAGAUCAGAAGAAUCCUCAGAAGACGAGUCCUCAGAACAUUCAUCAGAUGGUGAAGACUCUGUGCGUGAGAUUGUCAGAUCAGAAGAAUCCUCAGAAGACGAGUCUUCAGAACAUUCAUCAGAUGGUGAAGACACUGUGCGUGAGAUUGUCAGAUCAGAAGAAUCCUCAGAAGACGAGUCCUCAAAACAUUCAUCAGAUGGUGAAGACUCUGUGCGUGAGAUUGUCAGAUCAGAAGAAUCCUCAGAAGACGAGUCUUCAGAACAUUCAUCAGAUGGUGAAGACACUGUGCGUGAGAUUGUCAGAUCAGAAGAAUCCUCGAAGACGAGUCCUCAGAACAUUCAUCAGAUGGUGAAGACUCUGUGCGUGAGAUUGUCAGAUCAGAAGAAUCCUCAGAAGACGAGUCCUCAGAACAUUCAUCAGAUGGUGAAGACACUGUGCGUGAGAUUGUCAGAUCAGAAGAAUCCUCAGAAGACGAGUCCUCAGAACAUUCAUCAGAUGGUGAAGACUCUGUGCGUGAGAUUGUCAGAUCAGAAGAAUCCUCAGAAGACGAGUCUUCAGAACAUUCAUCAGAUGGUGAAGACACUGUGCGUGAGAUUGUCAGAUCAGAAGAAUCCUCAGAAGACGAGUCUUCAGAACAUUCAUCAGAUGGUGAAGACACUGUGCGUGAGAUUGUCAGAUCAGAAGAUCCUCAGAAGACGAGUCCUCAGAACAUUCAUCAAUGGUGAAGACUCUGUGCGUGAGAUUGUCAGAUCAGAAGAAUCCUCAGAAGACGAGUCCUCAGAACAUUCAUCAGAUGGUGAAGACUCUGUGCGUGAGAUUGUCAGAUCAGAAGAAUCCUCUGAAGACGAGUCUUCAGAACAUUCAUCAGAUGGUGAAGACACUGUGCGUGAGAUUGUCAGAUCAGAAGAAUCCUCAGUAGACGAGUCCUCAGAACAUUCAUCAGAUGGUGAAGACUCUGUGCGUGAGAUUGUCAGAUCAGAAGAAUCCUCAGAAGACGAGUCCUCAGAACAUUCAUCAGAUGGUGAAGACACUGUGCGUGAGAUUGUCAGAUCAGAAGAAUCCUCAGAAGACGAGUCCUCAGAACAUUCAUCAGAUGGUGAAGACUCUGUGCGUGAGAUUGUCAGAUCAGAAGAAUCCUCAGAAGACGAGUCUUCAGAACAUUCAUCAGAUGGUGAAGACACUGUGCGUGAGAUUGUCAGAUCAGAAGAAUCCUCAGAAGACGAGUCCUCAGAACAUUCAUCAGAUGGUGAAGACUCUGUGCGUGAGAUUGUCAGAUCAGAAGAAUCCUCAGAAGACGAGUCUUCAGAACAUUCAUCAGAUGGUGAAGACACUGUGCGUGAGAUUGUCAGAUCAGAAGAAUCCUCAGAAGACGAGUCCUCAGAACAUUCAUCAGAUGGUGAAGACUCUGUGCGUGAGAUUGUCAGAUCAGAAGAAUCCUCAGAAGACGAGUCCUCAGAACAUUCAUCAGAUGGUGAAGACUCUGUGCGUGAGAUUGUCAGAUCAGAAGAAUCCUCAGAAGACGAGUCCUCAGAACAUUCAUCAGAUGGUGAAGACUCUGUGCGUGAGAUUGUCAAUCAGAAGAAUCCUCAGAAGACGAGUCCUCAGAACAUUCAUCAGAUGGUGAAGACACUGUGCGUGAGAUUGUCAGAUCAGAAGAAUCCUCAGAAGACGAGUCCUCAGAACAUUCAUCAGAUGGUGAAGACUCUGUGCGUGAGAUUGUCAGAUCAGAAGAAUCCUCAGAAGACGAGUCUUCAGAACAUUCAUCAGAUGGUGAAGACACUGUGCGUGAGAUUGUCAGAUCAGAAGAAUCCUCAGAAGACGAGUCCUUCAGAACAUUCAUCAGAUGGUGAAGACACUGUGCGUGAGAUUGUCAGAUCAGAAGAAUCCUCUGACGAGUCCUCAGAAGAUUCUGUCAGAUCAGAAGAAUCCUCAGACUCUGUGCGUGAGAUUGUCAGAUCAGAAGAAUCCUCAGAAGACGAGUCUUCAGAACAUUCAUCAGAUGGUGAAGACACUGUGCGUGAGAUUGUCAGAUCAGAAGAAUCCUCAGCAGACGAGUCUUCAGAACAUUCAUCAGAUGGUGAAGACACUGUGCGUGAGAUUGUCAGAUCAGAAGAAUCCUCAGAAGACGAGUCCUCAGAACAUUCAUCAGAUGGUGAAGACUCUGUGCGUGAGAUUGUCAGAUCAGAAGAAUCCUCAGAAGACGAGUCCUCAGAACAUUCAUCAGAUGGUGAAGACUCUGUGCGUGAGAUUGUCAGAUCAGAAGAAUCCUCAGAAGACGAGUCCUCAGAACAUUCAUCAGAUGAUCAGAAGAAUCCUCAGAAGACGAGUCCUCAGAACAUUCAUCAGAUGGUGAAGACUCUGUGCGUGAGAUUGUCAGAUCCUCAGAAGAAUCCUCAGAAGACGAGUCCUCAGAAGACGAGUCUUCAGAACAUUCAUCAGAUGGUGAAGACACUGUGCGAGAUUGUCAGAUCAGAAGAAUCCUCAGAAGACGAGUCUUCAGAACAUUCAUCAGAUGGUGAAGACACUGUGCGUGAGAUUGUCAGAUCAGAAGAAUCCUCAGAAGACGAGUCCUCAGAACAUUCAUCAGAUGGUGAAGACUCUGUGCGUGAGAUUGUCAGAUCAGAAGAAUCCUCAGAAGACGAGUCCUCAGAACAUUCAUCAGAUGGUGAAGAUGGCGAUUUUUUUACGUCAUGUCUCUAUAUUUCUUCUUAUUUUCAAUUCAUUAUAUUCUUGAAGAACCAGAAAUUUUAG